UGAUAUUCAAACUUGUAUUCAGUGGCAGUAUAACAGAAAUGAAGAGGUAAACAGUACCCCAGGUCGAGAAAACUGUAUUGUGGGUUUUGAAUCUCACGAAAACUUGGUUUCUGCAUUGACCGUUAAGGCAGAGGAAAAAGCAGGGAACCCAAGUGACCCUCCUCUGGUGUCAACCGAGGUUGAGGACAGCUUUGAAUCUCAAAUUGUUGAAAAUAUAGUCGUACAAAAUGAGCUUGGCAAUGACACUGAAAGUGAUGUAGGUUACAGUUCAUCUUCAGAUAUUGAUGGCUUGAGAAAACCUCAAAUGUGGCAUCUUUCAGUUAUCAGUCGAUCUCAAAUUGGUCGCAUAAAAUGCAAACAUGCACAGAGAGCGUAUUGAUGGCAAUCACAUUUCUGCAUGGAGUAACUUAACUGACUGAACAUGAUAUGUACCCACAGCGAUCAAAUCUUUGUAAAAUAUGGACUAGUCGCUGGCCUAAUUAUGCUAUAACUUAGAUGAUUUUUUUUUAUCUAUGGUACAUGUCUGAAAAGUCUCAGACCUUGUGUAAAGUUGUUUAAUAGUGCUCAACAGUGAGAUUUGCCAGCCUUGGCGGGAUAGUGCCUUUGUGCAGUCUCCUGGUGAACAUUUUAGUUCAUGGUUCAUAUUUGUUGAGGUCAAAUGUAGCAUGACCUUUUUGUUGAUAAAUAUGUUAUUAAUGGAUGUAGUUCUAGUUCAUAUUGAGAAGUACUGAGCUUUGCUUUGCAUUACACAGAAGCCACUUGUAUUUUUACACCACUUACAGCUUCAUUACACUGCCCAUUCAGGGUUAUGAUAUUCAUUUUACCUUUCCAGGCCUAAAUGGUAUCAAAUUGUAACUUUUGAAACAAGUGUUUGUACUGGACUAGAAAGUAAGCCCUGUGGUUCCAAUGACCAGACAUUGUAAAUUGCAAUCCUUGCAGUCAGACUCUGAAUUGCUUUUGUUUCAGGUGUCAUCUGAACUGAUGACUGCAUUAGUUAACUUUGUUAACUUGAUAUUUUGAAAUUUGUACCGAACUCAAUUUUGAGCUUUAAAGUGUUCUGUAAUGUUACUUGAAGUUGUUUGAUUGCUAGAAAUUCUGCAAUUAUGGUUGGAAAAAAAUGGUUAAUGAAUAAUGGGCUGAAUUCAAUGACACGCUCUUCACUCAUGGACCAGAGGUUAAGUUUUUCAAAUGUAAUGAAACUGUACCACUCGAGGACGAGGGUUCUUAAAGCAGGGAAGAUGUAGGGAAGCGUGUUCUAGGGGACACCGUAGUUUAUUUGGCAUGCCGCCCAGCCCGUUAGAAAUGUACAACAAAUUCCCGCGAAGGAAGUGCGGUGGGCGUGCAGUGCGAGUAAUAAUUAUAAUCCUUUCCAGUGUGGGAACCACAGAAUCCUUUCAAGCCAAGAUGACCGCCAGAUUUGUAGGUUGCGCACUGGGUCAAGAUUUCUCGUCAGCGUUGGCACGCAGACGUUCUGGAUUAAUGGUGUCUGCCAUCGUGAAUACUCUGAGCAAAUCGUCCCAAGCACGCAGAGCACAGCCAUGGUUGGUUCCUGAGUCUUCUCGAUCAAAGACGGCUUUGUGGAAGGCUUCUGCCAAGCCUUAUAGCACGCAGUCACCACAGAUGUUGGUCACUGUUCCACCGCAGCCACUAACCAAGGAAACGCCAUCCCCUGCCUCCGGCCAGAAUGGCUUCAAGACACUAACCAACGUGGAGGUAGACACCGAGAAAAAGCAACUCCUUGUUUCCUGGGAAGGCGGUGCUGCGAGCCAGGCCUUUCCAUUCGUCUGGCUUCGGGACAAUUGUCACUGUCCAGAUUGUUUCCACCCAAUUGCCCUGGGCCGCUUACCAAGUGCGCAGGUAGUGAAUGUCGACGUUGUUGCUGACUCCGCUGAAUUAUCUGCCGACGGGACGAAGUUAACUGUCCAAUGGGACGACACUCACAAGAGCCAAUUUACGACUGAUUGGCUGAGAUAUUAUCGCUUUGAUAAAUCCCCGGAUGACCAGUUGUUCAAUCCAAAAUUAAGUUUUUUUAGUGCUGACGCCUUCCCCAAGUGCUUUGAUUUUGGCGAGUUGCUGGCGGACGACAGGAUCCUGUACGGCUGGCUGAGCGAGGUGCUAAAGCGAGGUGUUGCUGUGGUGAAAAAUGCUCCCGCAGAAAUCGGGCAGCUGCAGAAGAUGGGAGAAAGGGUGGCCUUUCUUCGACCAACCCUUUUCGGGGUAACCUCUUGUGUGAAGAGCGAACUCAAGCCCAGUAGUCUCUCGUACACAUCGGAUGGCUUGGCGACACACAUCGACUACAAUUACUACAUGCGGCAGCCAGGGUUCGGAAUGCUGCACUGCAUCGAGCAGGCCGAGGGGGAAGGAGGCGAAAGCCUGAUAUCGGAUGGCUUCAAGGUCGCCUUGGAUCUCAAGGAAAUUGACCCGGAGGCAUUCCGUCUCCUGACGACCUACCAGUUUGAAUAUUCGGAAAAGGGAACAGACUUUUUUGGGCGUUUCUAUCUGCAUAGCAGGCACCCUGUUAUCAGAUUGAAUGAGCGUGGUGACAUCGAGGCCAUCUCGAUCAGCAAUCACACCCGGGACCCCAUGCUCCGAGUUCCCGUUGACCAGGUGCUGCCGUUUUACCGUGCCCUCGAUAUAUACUUCAAGAUGCUCCAGAAACCGGAAAAUCUGCUCAAAUACAAAAUGCAAAAAGGAGAUAUACUUUCGUUCAACAACCGGCGGGUCUUGCACGGACGCAACUCCUUCACCUUGACGGAAAACAGUGUUCGCUGCCUUGAAGCCGGUUACCUGGACUGGGAUGAAAUUAACUCUCGACUGCGCGUCCUGGCAAUGAAGUUGGAAAAUCCUGCAAAUGAGUGAACAGGCGUGGUAUAGAAGUAUAUACCCCCAUCCACUCAGUAAUAACAUUUUGUAAAGAACUUAGACUGCCUCUGGUGGUGUAGUGAAAACUAACCAACAAGGUGAUCCACGGAGCAUUCUGUCCUCUCCCCGGCGAAACCUUGGGCCGAUAGAAUGCUCAUUGGAUCACUAAGAUGUGAAAACAGUAUGUGUUUUGUUUUAUGUCACCUCUCCCACGGACUCUUGAUUGAAACGAUGACUGAUUAAGUUACUAAAUACAAUGUGAAAACGGCGUUUAGAGUUAAAACAAUUUUUCCCACUUUUUAAACACAUUUAGCUCACGACAUGGUCAUUGAAAUGCUUGCAAUGUGUUUGAAUUCUAACGCUUUUCGGUGGUUUGUGAAAAGCUUUGUGAAAUCCGCUGAGCAUUUAAAAUUACAUUUUUAAACGCACUUCAGAGUGUUAACAUGUCGCUGGUCAAAUAUGUUGAAAAAGAAAAGUGGUCACAAAGAAGUGCUCAGAAAUGUGUUUAGACUCUAAGCACCUUUACAGUGUAAAUACAAUGAAAUGCUCUUCUUUAGGAAGACGGAAUUUGUUGAAAAUUCUCUGGCACUUCUCAAAAUUAUUAUCAAUUAUUAUUAUUAUCAAUUAAGUUCAUGGGGGGUUAAUUUAAUACCACUUGGGACAAUGUUGGCUCGCUUGACGAAUACCCCAAGUGAUACAGCGAAACAAAUAUGGGUUUAUCAGCUGCCGGUGAUAGAUGCUUUUCAAAGGCAAUGGAAGCAAAUCAGCUCACCAAAGACCAUCCGGUCAGCUGUUAAACCUUUUCGACAUCCGCACCUCAUCAUGAAAUUAGGCUGCUGGCGAUUAAGUAAUGCAUUUUUUCUUUGCAAAGAAGCGUCCUAGAGAUAGCCAGCUUUCACUAAUGUGGCAUUGAAACUGUUGGAUUAAGUUAUUCACAACAAUAAUAUUUAAAGCCUUAUGAGAAAAAAAGUAAUUUGGGGCUCCUUCCAUACAUAAAGUGGUGCAUUCAGCUUAUUAACAAUUGAGGCUGUCAUAAAAUAAUUUCUAUAGAUAGUAACUAAAAUUAGUAUUUUUGGAAUCAUUAAGUAGCAAUUCAGUCGAAAUAUUUUUUUUAAAAACUUGAGCAAACUUGAGCAAUGUUUAACCUUGGUGAUAAAAUGGUAAAGGGAUUUGAUAAAAUGAAGGUAGCUGGGAUAACUUAGACAUAUUCUAGAAUAUAUUUCAGGUAUUCCCCAAUAAAUGCACUCGUCAAGAGUGACAUACAGGCCAAAGCAAACACGUUGGCCAAUCACAACGCGCGAAAUUUGUCGACCCUUUCCGAACGCGCAUUGCGUCGAAAACGCGCACCGUGAUUGGUCAACGCGCUGCAAACUCUUGGAGGCGCACAAUUGUGAAACGCCCGUAUUGGGAGGAGAGGGACAGCCAUUCGGAGAAGUUCGACACACACAAAAACACUCAACUAUUUCUAUUUUAAUCGUCAUUUUAAUCGCAAAAACCAUCAUUGUUUUUCCUUUAGAGAAUCAUGUUUUACUUCUGACGGAUAACGACUAAAAAUUAAAACAGAGGGUAGGCAUGGAUGUGAGAAACGCGCCAAAUGUUGACCCGCGAAAGGAUACGUGGUGGGGGCGGGAUAGGGGUUUGCGCUCCGUCCCCGAGGAUUAUUUUCCUUCUGAAAAAGGAGGAUACAAUACACACAUCUUACACCAGCUCAGAUGUACAAUGUAGCUGUAAAUUCCAGUCUCCGUGGCGCCAGGGGGGCUUUAGCAUUACAAGCUGUUUUGGGGGGACGGGGGAUUUCUCGUCUUGGAAGUAACACGAAAGUAACAC